AUGCUUCUACCCAAGUCUAAAAACAUCCUUUUGGCUCUGGUGGCUGCCAUAAGCCACGCCACUGCCGCUCCCUCUUCCUCCUCCUCCUCCUCUUCCAACCAUGAUGGUUCAACCUUAGUCUCUCGCCAGUCCAUCAGCACCAUAACCGUCGACCUCACCAAGACCUACCAGACGAUGGACGGCUUCGGCUUCAGCCUCGCCUUCCAACGGGCCAACCUGAUUACCAACAUGUCCGACAAGGUCAAGCAGCGGGAGCUUUUGGAUUUGCUCUUCAACCGGACCACCGGCGCUGGGUUUUCGAUCAUCCGUAACGGUAUUGGGAGUAGCCCGGAUAGCCGUGGCGACCACAUGAACACGAUUGCGCCCACGAACCCCGGCGGCCCGAAAGCUGAGCCGCAAUAUGUCUGGGAUGGGAAAGAUAGUGGGCAGUUGUGGGUGACGCAGAGGGGAGUGGCUGAGUAUGGGUUGGAGCAUGUUUAUGCUGACGCCUGGUCCGCCCCCGGUUACAUGAAGACAAACAAUAACGAAAACAACGGUGGUACCCUCUGCGGCGUCCCUGGCGCCACCUGCUCCUCCGGGGACUGGCGCCAAGCUUACGCUGACUACCUCGUCGCCUACAUCCGCUUCUACCUGCGGUCCGGCGUCGCCAUCUCCCACCUCGGCUUCCUCAACGAGCCCGAGUUCAGCGCCUCGUACGCCAGCAUGCGGUCUUCGGGCGCCCAGGCCGCCGACUUUAUCAAGAAUUUCCUGUACCCAACCCUUGUAGCACAAAGCCUGGAUGAGCAGGUCGGCAUUGUUUGCUGUGACAGCGAGGGGUGGGGAAAUCAGGUACAGAUGACGAAUGCGAUCAAGUCAGCGGGCGCGGAGGGGAUGUUGAAGGCGGUUUCGAGUCAUACGUAUACGGGAGGGCCGUCGGGAGCGAUGAUUACCAGGGCCAGAGUCUGGUUGAGCGAGCAGUGCGAUUUGAACGGCGGGUGGGAUACCAAGUGGUAUGGAAACGGCGGUGCUGGGGAGGGACUGACGUGGGCGAAUAACGUGUAUUCGGCGGUGGUGAACAAUAACAUUUCGGGAUAUGUUUACUGGGAAGGAGUCCAAUGGCCCUCCCCUAACACCAACGAAAAGCUUAUCCGCGUCGAUAACUCUACAAACACCUACGUCGUCUCCAAGCGACUCUGGGCGCUAGCCAACUGGUCGCGGUACGUCCGUCCAGGUGCCGUCCGCGUCAGCACGGCCGGGUUGCCUAGCGGAUUGAGGACCGCCGCGUUCAAGAAUGAAGACGGUAGUAUCGCCGUCAUUGCUAUCAGCUCGUCAGGAUCGGCUAUCAACGUCAAUGUCAAGAUUACGGGGACAGGGACUGAGAUGCCGCUGGGAACGACCGUGGAGGCAUAUGUGUCGGACAAUAACCGGAACUGUGAGAAGGUACCUGGGGCGGCGAGUCUCGGUGCCGAUGGAACGAUCACGGGAACGGUGGCGAGUAGGUCGGUUACUACAUUUGUUGUGCCGGGGAAGUGGCCUUGCUUAACUUGUGUGUAG